CGCCGCCCAAAUAAUUUUGGCGGUUGUCACGAGAAAUUAGGACUGCUGGGCAAAUUUUAGGGUUCUUGGGCAUAUGGUCUUGGCGGGAUCGCGAUGAUGAAUGAGGCAUCCGGAUUCCGCGGCCUACUGCGCGCUUCUCAGGCAGAAGAUCAAAGCCGGCGCCAUCGCCGACGGCAGGAGGAUCCACGAUCAUCUCAGGGCGGCGGGAUCGGACGGGGAGACGUUCCCGGGCAAUCUCCUCGUGCAGCUCUACGGCAAAUGCGGCUGCCUGGGCGAUGCACAGCGGGCAUUCCACCGGAUCUUCCGCAAGAACGUCUUCUCCUGGACGGCGCUGCUGGUGGCGCACAACAGGAAUGGAUUGUUCGCGGAGGCGAGGGAUUUGCUGGCCAGGAUGCCGUGCCACAACGCGGUGGCGUGGACGGCGGUAGUCGGGGGAUUUGCCCAGCUAGGGUUUAUGCGCCAGGCAAAGAUGCUCUUCGAUUCCAUCCCGGAGCUCAGCGCCAUCCCUUGCAAUGUGAUGAUCAAUGCCUACGGGCAGAAUGGAUUCGUCCAGGAGGCCAAGAGGAUGUUCGAUGACACGCUCGAGAGGGAUGUGGUCUCCUGGAAUUCUCUCAUGGCGGCAUAUGCCCAGAACGGGCAUUGCAAAGACGCUGUUCAUCUCUUCACUAUCAUGGAUCUCGAGGGAGUCGAGAUUGACGAGAUCUCGUUUCUCACUGUCAUUGACGCUUGCACAAACCUUGGAGAGUUCCAUCUGGCCAAGGGGAUUCACUCUUCCAUCGAGGAUUCAGCUCUAAGCUCCAGGCUCGACUCCAUGGCUUUCACAUCGAUCGUCAACAUGUAUGGAAAGUGUGGACGAGUCGAGGACGCGCGGAGAGUUUUCGAGGGGAUCCCCCUUCUCGAGCACGACGUUGUCUCGUGGACGGCGGUCAUCACAGUCUACUCUCAGAACGGCGAGGCCAAGAGGGCGAUCGAGCUUUUUCGAAUAAUGGGAGUGGAAGGAGUGGAGCCGAAUCGCGUCACCUUUGUCACCGUCUUGGAUUCGUGCGCGGAGCUCGAGGAGCUUGCAACUGGCCGGAUCAUCCACGCAGAAGUUAUCAACUCCAAACUUCCGGUGGAUAUCAUCAUGGGAACAGCUCUCGUCAAGCUCUAUGGAACUUUUGGUUGCUGGGACGAGGCAAGUCAAGUUUUUGAGAAGCUGUCGCGGGAAGACGAAGAAGGGGACGUGAUCCUCUGGAACGCCAUGAUCUCGGCCUACGCUCUCAAUGGAUUCAACACCGAGGCACUGGAGCUUUUUUGGAAGUUAAGUCACAGUGGCAUGAAGCCCGACAAGGCCUCGUUCGUUGCAGCUCUGGACGCGUGCUCAAACUCGCUAGCAUUGAAACAAGGCAAGCUUCUUCACUCGGGCAUUCUCGAGCACGGCUACGAGUCGGACCUCGUCGUGGGGACGGCGCUCGUCAACAUGUAUGGGAAAUGCGGAAGCUUGGACUCGGCUCUCGAGUUUUUCCAGGGGAUGAAGAAGAGAAACUUCAUCACCUGGAACGCCAUGAUGGGAAGCUUUGCCGAGAACGGUCACGGGAUGAGAGCUUGCGGAGUUUACAGGGAGAUGGAACAGGCGGGUGUUCUAUCCGACCAAGUUACGUUUCUGAGCGUUUUGUUCGCGAGUAGUCACGCGGGAUUGGUGACCGAUGCCUUGGAGUUUUUCCACUCGCUUCAGGACGAUUAUGGACUGCGUCCCGGCUUGGAGCAUUACAGAUGUAUCGUAGAUCUUCUGGGACGGCUCGGGCAGCUCGAGGACUCAGAGGAAGUGCUGAGCUAUAUGCCGUUUGAGCCGGAUGCUGCUGCCUGGAUGGCAUUACUGGGGUCGUGUAAGAUUCAUGGAGACGUAGGACGAGGAGGAAGAGUCGCUCGACUGAUUCUUCGUUUGGAUCCUUGCAACUUGGCCGCCUGUCGCCUCUGGUCGUCCACUCCUACCUCGUCAUCCGAUGACUGGCUGGCUGAUGAAUCGUAGUUCCACCUGCAGGUUUCAAUAACUUUCAAACCGGUACAGUGGCUAAUCAUCUCCAGGUAAUUUUUUAUGUCACAGUUUCUCUUGUUUUUCCAGGUGAAUGUUCUCGACACUUUUCUUAUGCUUCCACGAAGAAGCAUCACAGCUGACGCGGAGUCUGAGUUGUUUUCUCGCUAAGAUCGAAGGCCGUGGACGUAACCUCCAUCAGUGCGAUUUCACGGAUCCCUCCCGUGUCUCACCGAUGAAGUUCGUAACGACAGCGGCAUUUUCUAAGGUCUUCCGUAUCCAAUCUCGCGAUGAUUUGAUAAUGUUGGAUGAAAUACGGGCCACCGUGACUGUAUGCUGGAAUCGUUGGUAUCACAAACAAGCUUUUGUUCCGAUUC